AUGCACGACUCCCAAACCGACGCAACGAUCCUCCUGUGGGUCCUGAACCGGCACAGCAGGUUUGUUGAUGUGUCCGACAAAGACAUGAGACAGCUGAUCAAGAGCGGCCUAGUCCCGGCGAUCGUUUCAUCGCUGGCACACACCCAGGACCAGGUCAAGGUGGCAGCUUUGGAGGUCAUCCACAACCUUUUUCGGACGUGGGAUCUUGAGUACGACGUGGGAAGUCUUGUGCUACGCUGCGGAAUCCUUUCGCACUAUGGAGCGCUGUUGAGCCAUCCGAACGACGCUGUUCGGAGCGAGGCACUACAUGUUCUAACAUUCGUUUGUAUCUCUGAACGCUGGCUUGUUCGGGAGAUUAUCACCGAGGGCAUACUGGGCAGGGUUGUCGACCUGCUGCGCAAUGAUCCUUUGACCCACGAUGAGGCUGUCUAUACACUCUCCCAGAUUGUUCGCAAAGCGUCUCCAGUUCAACUCCUGGAGCUGAUCAAGCAUGGGGCCAUUACGCUACUGCUUGAGGAGCUAGAUUCCGACGGACGUGUUUCUAAAUAUGAAAUACUAAUGGAUAUCGGCGCAAUGUUGAACCAUAGUGAACCUUACACCGCGGACAUCACAAGCAUCAUUCGAGAGUGCGGCGGGCUAGCUUCGAUCGUGCACUUGGCAGGUCACGGAGACGAGUGGGAAGGCGACGAAGCUAAGGAAAUCAUUGCGAAAUUCUUUCCUUCAGCGCAAAAUGAAGCUGACUAA